AUGGCAGAGCACCAAAGAAUCCAUCCAGUGGUGGGCGUGGAAGCCCCACCAACAGCUCCCUUGGUGCCUCAUGGCUCGUCGAUAUCAGAGAAAGGUAGUCCCGUUUGGCGUCCCCCUCUGUUAAAGCAUUCUGUUCCGGUGAUCCAAUUCCAUUCAAGGCCAGCAAAGAGUAGUAGUUGUUGCAAAUGCAUAUGUUGGACAAUUAGCCUCCUUGUUCUCCUACUAGUUAUAGUCGGAGCCACUGCUGGAAUUCUAUACCUAGUCUUCCAACCAAAGCUUCCGUCAUACUCAGUUGAUAGCUUGAAGAUAAGCAGUUUAGGGCUCAACAUUGACAUGUCCCUAUACGCAGAAUUCGAUGUGAAGAUCACGACCUAUAAUCCAAACAAGAAGAUCGGAAUUUACUACGAGAAAGGGGGCCAGUUGAGUGUGUGGUAUGCAAACACUAAGCUUUGUGAUGGGGAAUUACCAAAGUUCUAUCAGGGACAUCAAAACAAGACAGUACUGCAUCUGGCCUUAACUGGCCAAACGCAAUAUGGUAGCACUUUGAUGACUGCAAUCCAGGAACAACAACAAACUGGAAGAAUUCCUUUGGAUCUUAAGGUUGAUGCACCGGUGGCAAUCAAACUUGGGAAGCUGAAGCUCAAAAAGGUCAGGAUCUUGGGGGAAUGCUUGUUGGUCGUGGAUAGUUUAUCUGCUAAUAAUUCCAUCAGCAUUAAAGCCAGCGAUUGUAGGUUCAGGUUGAAGCUUUGAAUUCAUCACUAUAGAUUUUGAGUUAUUUGUCUUUCCACAACUUGCUGUGUCUCCCACGUUUUGGAUGGGAAACUUGAUUCUUUUUCCGUCAUACAUAUCACUAUUCAAUUGCGUUGUAUUUAAUAACAAUAUGACACAUACUACGAGUGUUUC